AGGUCAUAUGUCAUGUUCGGAGUUAGUUGGGUCGUGCACGGGGGAUUUUGUGAUUUAAGCCUGAUAUUUUACAUGCUGUAAUUUCGUUCCAAAUUACAGCACCAUAAUGGUCUCAAAGACAGCUGUUGGGAUAGCAGCAGGGAUUGCUGGGACCCUCGUUCUGGGUUACUGUAUUUAUUUCGACAGAAAGAGGAGGAGUGAUCCACUUUUCCGGCAGAAAUUGAAACAGAGGAGGGAAAAGAAGAACAAAGAAAAUAAAAACACAACCGUCAGUGAUUCCUCUGCCACACUUCAGUUGCCAAAUCUGAAAGACCCUGAAAGUGUACAGAAGUUUUUCCUCGCACAAGUCCAGGCAGGAGAAGAGCUGUUGUCUCAGGGUGAUUUGACUGCGGGAACAGAUUGUCUGUGCUAUGCUGUUGCAAUCUGUGGCCAGCCGGAACACUUGCUUCAAGUCCUUCAGCAAACACUUCCUCCAAAUGUGUUUGAUAUGUUGGUACACAAACUACCAUCCGUCAGCCAGAAAUUAUCAGCGAUGAUAACAACAGAUGGAGCCCCAACACCACCAGCACCAGCCGCGAUUGUCGAGGUUGAGGACGAUCUAGAGUAAAAUACAGCUGGAUCAAAUGUAGUCUGAUCUUCUUCAUCCAGUCACUACCUAUGUCUUGUUUGACCACUUCACAACGGUAGUCUGAAAAAAGUUUCUGUGACCACGUGCGAAAUGAUAUAAUUUUUCAGAAUUUUUGUUUUUCGCUUCUGGAGUAUUUUAUUUUCCUUUUAAAAUAUGGUUGCCACAAUGAAUCUCUGACAUUGUCGUGUGAGAAAAUUUAGUUGGUACUCAUCAUGAUUCGGUGGAUAUAAACGUCAGCUGUCCACAUGCAAGCCAAAAGUUUAGGACAAUCUGGAGUUGUUCCGGGUGUUUAAAAACAUCUGGCGUAAGUUUGUCUAUAGAAAUUGCAGUUAACACGCCAUCGACGUAAAGUGGUUAAAUGAAAUAGGAGAGUUCAAACCUUUGUUUAAUGCCAUACAAAGCAUGACCCACUCUUAUGUUGAAAGAAAUAACUAAGAAAUUCUUAACCUUCAAGCAUUGGGUGACAUAAGAAAGCUCAGAAGUAAAUCUUAUCUUCAAGAAGUUUCAUUUUAUUUGUGCUUCACUACAGCACACCACACUAUAAGAGAUGUACAUGUAUGUAUAUAAUUUUAUAUAAUUCCUUAACUGUUCCAUGUGAUUUGAUUGUAAAGAAAAAUAGGUAAACAUUUGGUUGACAAAAUAGCGUUGUAUUUCAUGACACUUAUGACAACCUAGAACAAGGUUGGGUUUUAAUCUUGGGAGAAUGCGUUGUGUUCCAGCAAAGUAUCCAUCCAUUGUAGUUUUCCUGUUUUUACAUCGGAUAACAAGGACCAUUUAUAGAGUUACUGAAUAUUGAGCUCUUUCAUUUUUGUUUCCGCGUUCAAAGGAUCAUUUUGUAAAGUAUACAGGGUGAUUAAACAAGAGUGCAGAACCAAAGAUUAAGUAGGACUUGUUAAUUGCAUAUAUUUUACAUCUUAAUUUCUAUUUGCCAUGUUAUGUUAUUUCUUUUUUUAAUAUUAAAUUUGGGUUGAACAAAGAAACAUUUACAACAGCAGGAUUUGAACCUGUGACC